UACCUGAUUUUACUUUUGGGUGUCUUUUCCAUUCAAGGCAGUUCUGAAAACAUGGAAGAGAAUUUGGCAUUAAAAGGAACGGCUGUACAAUCGACCACAUAUUACCACUGGGGAGCGGCAAACGCCAUUGACGGCAUCAGAUACGCUCCAGGUGUAGCUUCAUACUGCUCUAUCACAUUAAACCAGCUCAACCAGUGGUGGAGGCUGGACCUGCUGGAAUAUUACUACAUCUACAAAGUGACCAUCACCAACAGAGCUGAUUGCUGCUCGGAGCGCAUGACUGGAGUAGAGAUCCGCAUUGGAAACUCUCUGGAAAACAAUGGCAACAGCAAUCCCAGAUGUGCUGUCGUUACUUCACGUGUUCCACCAGGCGGUACUGUCAGUUUCAAUUGCAACGGAAUGGGAGGCCGUUAC